UACAUUUAGUUUGUUCUUGUUGUGAUAGGCCUGGUUUUGGAAGGAUAGACCUAGGGUUUAUUAUUUCAUUUGUAACAUUUAACAUUAGCUUAAUAUAUUCUUUGAACAUGUCAUAUAGGCUAAGUUAUUGUUAAAAAAAAUAGCCUUCUUUAAUGUGAAUUUUACCCAAGAAUCUUGUGACACACUCACACACUAAGAUACACUAAACCUUUCUUAGCCCUUCAUUGUUAGUUGUUGUUACUGGUGAUUAUUACUCCUAGGCCGACAAGUUACUCCCAAGGCUGAAGAAUGAACAGCAUCGAAGAAGAUGAGGAGAGAACGCCAACUGCAUCCUCUUGGCUGCUACCUGUCGAACCAGAGGUAGAAAUUGAGGAACUUGACAAAUCUUGGGAGAUUUUUGAGGAGGAGAUGAUGGAGGGCUCAAGCGAACCUGAAGAAAAAAGUGGUUUUCAAGCAGUUCGGGAAUUAGAAUCUGAAUUAAUAGACAAAAUGUGUGAAAUUUGCGGAAAUUUUUUCAAAACUUUUGAGUUAGUCAAUCCCGAAGCAAGAAAACCUCUUCUGUCUACUUGUGAGACAUGUUCAUAUUACAUUACUCCUCCAGUCACCUGUAUAUACAGCAAGAACAUUUUGAACGAUUAUUCUUGCGACAAGUGUUCUCAAGUAUUUGAAUUUAAAAAUGACUGGUUAAGGCACAAAGCCACACAUGACAAUUCAAAACAGUUUUCCUGUGAUAUGUGUGACGACUCAUUUAAGAAACGAUACGAAUUGACUGAACACAUAAAACUUGCCCACUUAAAAGAAGACAAGUGUGUAAAAGAUAGGUGUAUUGCUUGUGGAACAUUUGAAAACAUCAUACAGCUAAAUGUCGGAGAAAAUGAAGCGGAGUUUAUAAAACUUUGUGAAGUUUGUAAUAUUUCCAGGCAAGAAAAACUAGCAAACAUAAGUCGAAAUGGAUCUAAUGGUUUUUCAUGUGAUUUGUGUUUUAAACAAUUUUCUCGAAGGGAUCAUGCAUUGCGUCAUCGACUUUCGCAUCUAAAUGUGAAACCAUUUAAAUGUUCUAUUUGUCAAAAAUCGUUCAGCCGAAAUGAUCGGCUGCAGCGUCACAGGAGGACUCAUCCCGGUGCCAAGCCUUACCCGUGUAGAUUUUGCUCAGAGGCGUUUAUUAAUUGUGAUGAAUUAAAAGGUCACGUCAUGCUGAAACAUGAAACACUAAAUGCAAAGGUAGUUAGUGUGCAAAAGGUAACUGGAAAGGUGGUUAAUAGUGUGCAAAAACUAAAUGCAAAGGAUGUUGAUGGUAUGCAAAAACAGCAAACGCCACUCAAGGACAGAACAUCACGACUCUGUGUUUGUUUGUGUGGGAAAAAAUUCAAACAAAAUAAAGCAUUGCUUGUUCACCAGAAAAAAUGCUGUGAUCUAAACUACAUUAAGUGUAAGACAUGUGGGAAAAAGUUCAAAAACAAGGAAAUCCUCAAUCGCCAUGCUCUAAUUCAUACCAGCGCUAAAGCGUACAGUUGUACCAUAUGUAGCAAGGUAUUUUUGCGAAAAGAUAAAUUGAAAACUCACCAUUUGAUCCAUAUUGACAUAAAACCUUACUCGUGUCAUAUUUGUAACAGCUCGUUUAAACGUAAAGACAAACUAAGUCGUCACCUAAGAGAAGUGCAUUUUAAGAUGAAAGAGUGAAAUGAGGUCUAAAUUGUCUGUUCACUAUUAUUUAAAAAAUGUAGUGCUAACUUUGACAAGGUAAAUUUAGUAAGAGUAUUAGCUAUUAGGUGCUCAUUACCAAAUCCUUUUCUUACUUAAAGAAGGUUCUUAUUCUUAUCUUACAUUUCCUUGUUGAUUUUAUUUUUUAUAAAUGUUUUUCUUAAGCUACAAACUAAGUCAUCACCUAAGAGAAGUACAUUUUAAGAUGAAAGAGUGAAAUGAGGUCUAAAUUGUCUGUUCACUAUUAUUUUAAAAAAUGUAGUGCUAACUUUAUUUACUAAGAGUAUUAGCUAUUAGGUGCUCAUUACCAAAUCCCUUUCUUACUUAAAAAAGGUUCAUCUUAUCUUAAAUUUCCUUGUUGAUUUUAUUUUUUUUUAAGCCUUACACGAGUCCAGUAGAGCAGGCUGAUUACGGGGCAAGUUACUUGCUUCUAAUGUAUUUCAAGUUACCUGAGGCAAGUAAUCUGCCCGCCUACUGGCCUCGUGUUAGGUAGGUGAAAGAUAAGCCUAAGAGCCAAUAAUAAAAAUUUUGAUUUGUUUAUUCUUAGCUUACUGUGUUUGUACAAGAUAUUUCAGCCUGUUUAUGCAGGUGAAAACAUUUACUUUACAAAAAUUUAAUUACCUUCCAUCGUUAUUAUUGUACUAUAACUUGGUGUAGCCAAUCAACCAAAAUCACGUCUCUAGACUAUAUUACAAAAUAUUGACAAAAGUGGAGUCUUAUUGGUAAACAAGGGGGUUUUAAAAAUGUGCAGUAGAACCCCAGAUAUUUGGCCACUUUUUGAAAGUCAAUCAUCAAAACAUGUUUCCUUUUUUACUGGCAGGUGCAUACACUAACUAUUGUCUGCUCGCAACUCGAGUGUUCUCACAAUUUAUUUGUUUGUUUACAUUCUACUGUUUUCAUUAUUCUGUUGGGCAAGUAGAUCUAAUGCCUCUAAACAGUUGGUUGAUUAUUUCCAGUGCGGUUAGUACAGUAGCAAGAAAGUGGUUAGUAGGCCCCACUAGAAAAACAGGCCA